AAUUGGAAGUCUUUAGUUUUUUGUGAUUUAUUGAGGAUUUUAUUUUUAAUUCUUAAUUAAAUAGAAACUGGAAAGAUGAGUGUUAACAGUACAAGUUGGUUCAAAGCUGCUAGUUUACCAGCAAUUGCCUGUCUUUUAGCUACUCCUCUAGUCUUAUACUCGUUAUAUCCUCCUCAAACCAAAGACACACCAGAUGCCCCUGCCAUGGCUGCAAAGAAAUUGGAGCAUAUGGGUCCUGUUACAAGAAAUGAGUGGGUGAUGGUCGGUACAAUGCUCCUUGCAGUCCCUUUGUGGGUCUUUGGGGACAAGGAGCUUGUCAUUUCCUUCAAUGGGAGGAUACUCAAGAAAUUACCACAAUUAAUGAUCUUGUAGAUGAAAGCAAACAUGGCAUAUCUGUAGAUUCUACUUCAACAAGCCAUGAGUUAGUCACUAAAAUGGGUGAUUUGAGUACUAAUAAUUGAAAGAGGAAGUUUGAUUCACUAGAGAUGGAAAAUCCUCAACAUCUCCCAACUUCUGUGGCUGUACAUGAACAUUUUGAGAAAGAUAAAGAGCCUGUCAUAGAGAGGAGUGAACAUGAUGAGACUUCAGAGAAUUUAACAUCUACAAAGUAUAUUGAUCCAUCACGAGUUGAGGACUCUUCAAAUCUCCAAGACCUAGCUGUGCUGGAGGUUGAGUUGACUGCAAUACAAGGAAUACAUGGAGAAUCUAUUGGAGUAUCUAAUAUAUUUUUUGCUUUGGGGAUCUUGAUGACCAACACUAAUGCGAUAGUGCUGGCAGAUGGUAACUUCUGGGGAAGGACUGAGAGGCAUGUAAAUUGUUAAUUUCAAUUACAUUGACUUUGCAUUUGAGAAAUGUCUGCACUGAGAACCACAU